UUGACUGAUACAAGCUUGACAGUUUAGUUUACGUUGUCGAGGGAGGAACGAAAAGAAAAUAAUGCUUCUUCGGCAUAUCAUUCCCACCAACAACGAUGUGGAAGAGAUUUACAUCGUCAAGCAGGAAGAUGCGCCGGCCGGCCCGAACAGUAAUCCACUGGCUGCAGGGGGAGCAUCCGGCAGCAGCAAUCAACCGCUGCUUUUGUACGAAAACGAAGACAUCGAAAUCAAGGAUGAACCGCUGAGUGUGCACGGAAGCGACGACGAGGAGUAUGAAGACGAAAAAUACGAACCGCCGACGCCGUUCCUACAUGCAAUUCCCCUGGAGGUCAAACUGGUGGAAGAUUUGCCGAAAAAGCUGGAAGCUGCUGCCAUCAAGAAGGAACCGGUGGAUGCUGUUACAGCAGCCGCUGCUGCUGCUGCUGCUGUUGCUCUGACGGAAGUGCAGCCUCAGAGACCGAAAGUUACGCCGCCGGAGAAAACGGACUCGAAGGAUUCGGUAGAAUUGACGCUGCGGGAGAAGGUGAAAAAAGAGGAGGACGUGAGCUCGGAUGACGACUGGGGCGACGACGAUUGUGAGCCGCUGGCCAAACAGGUGGAAAAGGCAAAAUGCCUUCCGAACGCAAAAGCCAGCAAACAUCGUUUCGAUUCGGAUUACAGCAUGUCCUCGCUGGACGAUGACGACGACUAUAGUCCACCGCAAGAGGUUCCGAAGGAAAAGAAGCGGCGUGGAAGACUUCCCAAGAAGCUUGUUAAAGAAGACGAGGGUUCCGAUGGGGAAAAUGACAUCAAGUGCUACGUUUGCGUAGCGGAGCAAAAGGACCGGUCCGCAUUGCAGAAGCAUUUAAAGGACAAACACAAGAAAAUGCUGCCAUUCAAUUGUAACAUUUGUACGUCGCGAAAGAUUACCAAACUGAAGGAUUUGAACUUUCACUUCCGGCAGCACGACGAGACUCGAAGGCACAAGUGCGUUUAUUGCGCGGCGCGGUUCGAAUCCGCACAAGCCCAGGCCAGUCAUAUGCGACGGAUGCACAGCAAAAAGUACGACGAGGACAUGGAGAAGCAUCGACGGUUCUUGUGCCGGUUCUGCGAUAAGAAGUUUACGAAGAAGCAUGACCACGAGGCGCACGAGAAGCGCCAUCUGAAGGAGAGUUCCAACGAUCCGGAUUUUAUGAAGCGAGAGUUGAAGUGCUACAUUUGCAAUGAUUUUGUGGGGAACACGAGAGAUGAAUUGUAUGCCCAUGUCCCAUUUCACGAUAAGGAGUGGCUUCCGUAUUACUGUAAAAUGUGCGAUAAUAUGAAAAUCACGACGGGUCGGGUCUUAUCCGAGCAUUUGCGCCAGCAUCAGGAAGGGCUUGCGGUGAAGUGUGUCUAUUGUGAAAGGCGUUUUGCUACGUUAGCGAAUUGCCAGGCUCACGAAAGAACUCACGCUGCCGAGAAAGAGGCAGAUGAGAUCGCUGAUGCUGAAAAGAUGACCGAAGCCUACGAUGCCAAAGUGGUCAUCGAGAACGGAAUCAAGCGGUUCCAAUGCGAAAAGUGUGAUAGAUCAUACACGUUGUUCAGCAGCUUAAGGAAGCAUCAAAAUCUACACACCAAAAGUAAUGCUUUUAUUUGCAAAACGUGCGGUCGAGCGUUCGUGAAGGCAUCAACAUUGGCACUUCAUGAGCGUCGGAACCACGACGAAGGCGCCAGAUACAAUUGCGAGGGCUGUGGGAAGACUUUCCGUACCAUAGGACACCUGUUAGAUCAUAGAACUCGGACCCAGCACUUUGCCGGAAAGCCUCAUAUUUGUGAAGGUUGUACGACCACCUUCCGAGAGGUGGAAGAACUCGAAGAGCAUCAGAAAACAUGCACCGAAGUAGAAGCCAAUCGAGCAUGCUUCUGCGGGCUUUGCGCCAACGAUUUCCCAUCCCUAGCACUAGCCCUGGAACACGUUAAGUCCAACCACGAAGCGGAAAUACCGGAAACUAAGUGCCGGUACUGUGACCUCACGUUCCGCGAUGCUGAGAAGAUUGUGGAGCACGAGUUCCGGCACACACUGCCGGGCAUAAUGUCCUGCACGAUGUGCAACAGGAUCUUCAAACAUUUGAAAAAUCUGCAGUGCCACGUGAAAAAUCACGGAAAAGCGGCCAUCCCUUUCAUGUGCGACAUCUGCGGAAAGACGUUCACUCAGAAGGGAACGCUGACGAUUCAUACGCGUCUGCAUACCGGUGAACGUCCGUACAUUUGCCAGCUUUGUCAGAAGGGUUUCGUGGACAAAAAUGAAAUGCGACGCCAUUACAACAUGCAUUUUAACGCCCAGAGCAAGUUGUACAUUCCGAAUGCGGAUCAGAUUGCCGCACCGGUCGACGUCGGCAUGCAGGGCAAAAAGUACAAGCAGUACGCCUGCAAGAUCUGUGGUCGUCAGUUGACCACUUCGACCGCCUUGGCCAAGCACAUUACCACUCAUACCGGUGAAAAGAAAUACCAAUGUGACUUCUGCGACAAACGUUUUGCGCAGGGAGGCCAACUGACUGUCCAUCGGCGGAUCCAUACCGGUGAGCGUCCCUUCGCCUGCGAAACGUGUGGCCAACGGUUCGUCGGUGGUAGCAAUUACAAAAGGCACGUCAAGCAGCGCAUGUGUAAGCCAAUGGCCGUGGCUGAGGUGGCCGCUGCACAACAACUGGCAGCUGCAGCGGCAGCGGGGGCUUCCGUUUUGCCGGCACAGUCGGUCAUUAUUGAAACGAUGUCCGUCGUCAGUGAGGACCAGGACUACUCGGCGCUGUAGGCGCAGAAAGGGUAUUCAAAGUAGGAAAGUUUAUUACAAUCAAGUUCUAAAGUUACAAGAUUCAUUGGAUGUUGGACAUCGUCAGAUGUAUGGUAGGUAACAUAAGCUCACCCAUGACUAAACUCGUAAUACCAAAUGACCAUGAGGGUAAAUGGCCAACGGUGUUUCAAGCUGAAAUUCAAGCUAUUUUGGAAAGUAUUGUCACCUGUCUUAAACAUAUAGACAUGCAAAUAUCUGUAUAUUUUCAGACUGUUCAGUUAUUUCAAGCUAGUUUGGGAAUUAAUUACUUUACCGAAAGACUUGUCUGCAAAGAAUAUUGUAGAUAUUCUAGAUAUCAGGUCAUUGUAGAAUUGUAGGCAAUGAAAUAUCCGACCAACUAGCUAGGGAAAUGUCUUCAAAUGCCUUUCAUGGGCCAGAAUCUUUCCAUAAAGUAUCAUCAAGUCUAUCGAUCGUUAUAUAACGUCGAAUUUCUAUUACUUCGAAGCACAAAAACAAGCAUCGUUUUAAUCCAUGGCCCAUCGUCUUCACAGCAUACCCAUGGAAAAGAGAAUUUCCUGGAAGAAAGGAGUAGAAUCCACAGGGCGGCAGAGCUAAACGGAUACGACACAACAUUUGUGGAUACAACUCUCCUGAAACACAAGAACGGAAGAAACACAGAAGGCGAAAACAUUACAACUCGAAUAAGAAGAAGUCCGGAGGUUCAGCCUGCCUUUCUAUCCCAUAUUGACGAAUUUGAUUCAGAACACUCUGAAGCAUCAUGGAGCUCACGUUGUGUACAAAAGCCAUUUUGCAGGAUUAAGUUGUGCAAUCUUAGGGAUAAGAUUUCGACCGGAAAAAGAUCAGCAAUCUACCAAAUUCGGACAAAUUAGCUGAGAAUGGAAAGUUUGCCUGCGUGAACAUAAAAGUGUGGCGGAGAAUGGCAGGCCGAACGAAUCAAAUGUAGCAGUACAUUCUUUGACUGAAGAACACACAGUU